AGGUCACAGGGGCUAAUUGUCCUCCACGCCUUUUGUCUUUAUUGUCCGCCAUUUUCUUCACUUUGUCGCUACCCCUUUUUCUUCUUCCUGUCCUACCAAAACCCACUCUCAGACUCUCUCUCCCUCUCUCCCUCUCGGCAAGAACAGGUUGCACUCGAGAGAGAUAAAAUGGAUUGGGAAAACAAUCCAGAAGAAGGAAAAGAUGCACACACCAGUAACACUAUCACCACUAUCAAUAACAAUAUCAACACCAAUAGUAACAAUGGAGGAGCAGGGAUGUUUGUCAAGGUCAUGACUGAUGAACAGAUGGAGGUUCUCCGCAAACAAAUAGCUGUUUACGCUACUAUUUGUCAACAGCUUGUUGAUUUGCACAAGUCGCUCACCAAUCAACACGAUCUUGCUGGAGUCAGAAUGGGAAAUCCGUACUGUGACCCGUCUAUGGGCCACAAAAUUACUGGCAGACAAAGGUGGACUCCGACGCCCGUGCAACUUCAAAUACUUGAACGUAUGUUUGAGCAAGGAAAUGGAACUCCAAGCAAGCAGAAGAUCAAGGAGAUCACCUCUGAAUUGUCUCAGCAUGGCCAGAUUUCUGAAACCAAUGUUUAUAAUUGGUUCCAAAAUAGACGUGCUCGUUCAAAAAGAAAGCAACAGGUUUCUGCACCAAACAAUGCUGAAUCGGAAGUGGAGACAGAGGUUGACUCACCUAAUCAUAACAAAACAAAGUCUGAGGAUUUUCAGUCGCAGCACGAGUCAGCUCCAAGGUCUGAAGAGCUCUGCUUUCAAAAUCCUGAGAUAAGUUCUGGCAUGCAUAGCUUAGAUCCAGGGUCACAUAAAGUGGAGCCUCCAUAUCCAAGUGGCUCCAGUUCAACGCCAGCUGCAAGUAUGGGCCAAAUGUCCUUUUAUGGAAGCAUGUUAUCAAAUCCAAGAAUGGAACACUUGAUUGGAAAAAUGGAGAAUCCUGGAAACUACAAUACAUUUUUGCAUCCAGAUGACUAUAAUAUGACAGGUUGAAGCCGCUCUAUCAAACUGCAGUUGUACAGGUUACAUGGGAAGCUAAAGCAGAAAUCAAUCUGUGUUCGAAACCUAUUGCCGAGAACAAAGUGAAAAUACUAUUAUAUACUAUAUGAACUAUAUGACUACCUUGCACAUUAAACUGAGGUUUUGCUUUUCAAAACUGGUGAUUUUGUUGGUUUGACAUGAUGUUUGAAGUUUUCCUGCUUUGGUAUUGCUAUUACAGGGAAUAUAGAUUACUUUGUUGGUACUAA